GUCUAGCGGCGUGAGCGCACCUCCUCCUCCUCAGUCAGCGUUGGUGAGCUAUCCUGUCCUCUCAGAUCCACGCCGGAAGUGUAGGAAGAAAGUAGCAUAUUUGAGUAUACCUGUUUUCAAGCUGAUCUGAUCAUCAUGGUGAAGCUCAGACACAAAAAUAAAAAGCCAGGUAAAGGGUCCAAAGUCUGUAAGAAGCCUGCAAAGCAAAAUGGGAAGAAAGCAACCUCCAGAGGGUCCUCAGCCUUCCAGCUUGUUCAUGGCAAUGAUCACACCAGUCGGGAGGCUGAGUUAAAGAAGAAGAGGGUUGAGGAGAUGAGGGAGAAGCAGCAAGCAGCCCGGGAGCAAGAGAAACAGAGACACAGAACCAUGGAGAGCUACUGUCAGGAUGUCCUGAAACGCCAGGAGGAGUUUGAACGCAAGGAGGAAGUUUUGCAGGAAUUAAAUAUGUUUCCUCAGCUGGAUGAUGAAGCAACACGAAAGGCUUAUUACAAGGAAUUCCGUAAGGUGGUAGAAUACUCUGAUGUGAUUCUGGAAGUCCUGGAUGCCAGAGACCCAUUAGGCUGCCGGUGUUUCCAAAUGGAGGAGACUGUCCUGCGGGCAGAAGGCAACAAGAAGCUUGUCUUGGUCUUGAACAAGAUUGAUCUGGUUCCCAAGGAAGUUGUGGAGAAGUGGCUGGAUUACCUUCGCAAUGAGCUGCCAACUGUAGCUUUCAAGGCUAGCACCCAGCAUCAGGUCAAAAAUCUGAACCAGUGCAGUGUGCCAGUGGCUCAGGCCUCUGAGUCACUGCUGAAGAGCAAAGCCUGCUUUGGAGCUGAAAACCUCAUGAGGGUUCUGGGGAACUAUUGUCGCCUGGGUGAAGUGCGCACCCACAUCCGUGUGGGUGUUGUGGGCCUUCCCAAUGUUGGCAAAAGCAGUCUGAUCAAUAGUCUGAAGCGCAGCCGUGCAUGCAGUGUGGGAGCUGUUCCUGGGAUCACCAAAUUUAUGCAGGAGGUUCACCUGGACAAGUUCAUCAGACUGCUGGAUGCUCCAGGCAUCGUCCCAGGACCCAACUCAGAGGUGGGCACCAUCCUGCGCAAUUGCAUCCAGGUGCAGAAGCUGGCCGACCCUGUGACUCCAGUGGAAACCAUCCUGCAGCGCUGCAAUCUGGAGGAGAUCUCCAACCAUUAUGGUGUCUCAGGAUUCCAAACCACUGAGCACUUUCUGACUGCUGUGGCCCACCGUUUGGGGAAGAAGAAGAAGGGAGGCAUAUACAGUCAGGAACAGGCGGCUAAAGCUGUCCUGGCUGACUGGGUGAGUGGGAAGAUCAGUUUCUAUAUACCACCACCACCCACUCACACUCUGCCUGCCCAUCUCAGUGCUGAGAUUGUUAAGGAGAUGACUGAAGUCUUUGACAUUGAGGAUACUGAACAUGCCAAUGAAGACACCAUGGAAUUGUUUAGUCAGGUGUACCUCUCCCUAUCAGUGAUUGGUGACCUCACUGGCUAUUGUACCAAUCCAAACCGUCAUCAGAUAGGAUGGGCUAAACGUAAUGUGGACCAGUAUGGCACCAGGAACAAUGGUGUGAUAAACGUACGCUCAGUGGACCGCCGCCCAAUGCUACAGAGAAUCAUGGAGACAGACCCUCUGCAACAGGGCCAGGCUCUGGCAUCUGCCCUGAAGAAUAAGAAGAAAAUGCAGAAGCGUACAGAUAAAAUCGCCAGCAAGCUGUCUGAUUCUAUGAUGACAGCCCUCGACCUUUCUGGGAAUGGUGAUGACAGUGCUGGAGAUUGAUCUGCUGAUGUCCCUCCCCUCCUCUCCAAACUUGUAUUCCUAUGGGAUGGGAGAUAAUUGGUUCUCCUAGAAGUACCUGUAUAUUGAAAGAAUACCUUUACACCCUUUAUCUCCUCCCCGCAUGGUUCCCUCCUUUCUCUCUGGUAAAAAGAGUCCCAAGGGACUAGAGCUGCCAAAUCCAAUACCCUGUAUUUAAUCCCUACUCUUUUCCAAGAGGCAUUAAAUAUCAACAGAAAUUAGGUGCCAACAAUAUAUUUCCCAUCUCCUAUCCCAGGGUCUCAACUCUGUAGUUUGAACUGAUAUGAGGGCUUACUUCCCACCAAACCGUGUUGGACAGCUGAAUAUACAAGUAACUAGAGGUUAGACUGCUGGUUGUCCUGGACAUCCCCAGAAGAAGGGUGAUUUUUUUUUUUUACCAUUCCACAAGGGAUUUGAACAGGAAGUAAUUCCUUGAGUUGGCUCUCAGCCAUGUAUCUUGUUCCUAAGUCUACAGGUCUCACCUGGGUGAUAAGUGGACAUUAGGUGCAUCAGUGAUGAAUCUUCUGUCUCUGGAAGGGUCUGGAGAAUGGUGAAGUGGUAUAGACCUUAUUUUGUUGUUGUUGACAAGAAAAAGGCACCUAUUGGUGGGACACUGGAUGCCUUAAGGACAAGUCCAAUCUUGUCACUUGUGUGCUUUUGGAGGAAUCACUUUAAUUCAAGUGAUUCACUUGGCCACACUUUUGUGUGACCUUGUCUCAUGCAGUGCCAUCUUUUGAAUGCCAUGAUUCAAGAGGGUUCUGGUAACCUUUAUUCAGAAUGGUCCUCAAGAAAGCUGCUACAGGUGGGAAUGUAUGAGCCAACUCUACCCCGUGCCUGGAAGCCACUCCAUUACAGCAUAAUUAACACCUUUGGGGCAUCUUAACCCUGUCAGGAAAGCACCUGGGACCCUGGGUUAGCUUUUUAUCACUACAGCAAAAUUCCUGAUUGCCUACAGUGUUUUGUCCCUGUAGUAAGGUAUCAUGUUGCAAUAGGUACUUGUGGUAAAGCAAAACAUCUCAUGGUCAAGAAGCAAAAAAGGAAGAGGAGUUUGGGAGGGUGUCCCACAAUCCCUUUGGAGAGGGUCUUCCAUCAAGCCCCACCUGAUGGGAGUUUCCUUUCCCUUCCAAUGGCGCCACCCUGUGACCAACCUUUAACACACAGGCUUUUGAGUAAUAGGUGGGAUCCACCCAAACAAGGCCACAGAGAUGAUUUCAGUGGUAUUCCAAACAAAAUCUGUUUCUAAUGGAGUUUUGGUUCAUGUAUACAGCUUCAGUUCCUGAAGUUCUACUUGAGCUGACACAUUGGAAGCAGAUGAAUAUUAUAUUACUUGUAUUAUUUGCCACCUUCUCCCAAAUACCACAGGGAAAUUGGAGUAGUGGAUAAACCAGCCUUUGCCCUUGUCAGUCUCAAAGUCCCUACCUCCCUCAUUUACAUAGGAAGAUACUAAAAGGGAGAUUGUAAUAAGUACUGAAAAGCCAUUGGCUGUAGGGUAUCCUGAGACCCCUUCUACAUUCAGGGGCAUCCACAGGAGAUGAUUAUUGAUUGAGCACAAACCACUGAGCUCUGAGAAUCUAUUGUUUCCUUUAUUGUUUUGGUGUCACUAUUGGGGCUUGAACACUGGGUCUGGGUGUU